AUGAAAUCGCCGACAGAAAACACGCACACAAACGGAAGAAAAACAUUCAUUGGCUUGUGUUCCACCUCCUGCUUCCUACUGUCCGUCGUUUGCUGUAUCGCACUGUUUCACGUGGAAUUCAGAAUACACGAGCAUCGUCGACUCAUAUCACAGUUGGAAACAUUCCGUCAAGAGAUUCAAAGAGAAGUCGCUCAAGUUCAACAAGAUUGCAAAAAAGGGACAGUAACGAAAAGCAACCAUCCCGACAUUUGGCAAAAUACAAAAGGUGGGUGAAAACGAACAGAAAGAGGAUAUAGGUCACUUUUUGCUAAACCAUGGUUUAUCCUUUCACGUGGUUUAACUAGUAAACAUCGUCGGAGAAACCAAGUUUUUCAGUUACCUAUUGGAAUCAACUACAGAAUACAGGGCCAUAUUUUAAGUUUUAAAGAACACAGAAAGGGAUAUAUGUUAGUGGCUCGGUGGCUCGUCAUUCGAGGUUAGCAUCUUAAAGAACGAGAAAGUCAUACCGCAAAAUUCCGAAAAUAAGCCCCGGGGCUUAUAUAUUUCUAAGGCACUUAUUGAGGGGCUUAUCUACGGAGGGAAAUUUGCGUUUCAAAAUCGAUUGGGCUAGCCUUAUACUUGGAAGUAAAUUUACCGUUUUUGCUUUGUUUUACUUUGUAUUUGAGGGCAAUUUUGCAAGUACAAGCCCCCCCCCGGGGGGGGGCUUAUAUUUGGAGGGGCGAUUUAACGGAGGGUUUUUUGCGUUACCGGAUUGGGGGGCUUAUACAUGGAGGGGCUUAAUUUCGGAAUUUUACGGUAUUUUAGUGGCUCGCGGGCUCCGUUCCAACGAAUAUACCUAGAAAAUUGGCCCUGUAUUCUGUAUUCUGUUAUUUAGCUUUUCAAAAAACUGUGCGAGCUUAUAUGUAGUUCCUAUAUUCUAAUAUUAGAACACUACGCACAUUUUUCAAGGUCGCAAAGUUAUAUACAGAGAAAAACGUGAUUCAUCAGAUGCCUCUCAAAACAAAUCGGUUACAAAAGCCUCCGAAGUAAAAAAGCUGAUCAAAAAAGAGCUUCGCCUGUUGCAGAAUAAAAUCUGUGCCAAAGAUGAAAAGCUCUGUCAACCAGGACCAAAAGGUAACACUGGAAGGCGGGGAAGACGAGGACCCCAAGGUAUACCGGGCCCCAGAGGGAGAUCCGGCCCAGCAGGGCCUCCCGGUAAGAAUGGAUCAAUAGGACCACAGGGACCAAUGGGUAUAAAGGGGGAUCGCGGAUUGCCAGGUCUGCCAGGACCUCUUGGUCCCAGAGGUCCGCCUGGUGAGAAAGGUGCGCCGGGACGAUCCAUCUCAGCUCCCUCCUUGUUACAGCCUCCUGUUGAAACGACAAUCAAUGCAAGUCUGACAGCCAUCUUGAAAUGUACAGCGGCUGGAAAUCCUCCUCCCAAGGUCACAUGGUUUAAGGUGAACUCAACACUUCCAGUCGGACGUCACGUUGUAGAUUCCAGUGGCGCUCUGAUUCUUCAGGAUAUUAGACCCGAAGACGAGGGCCAGUACACCUGCAAAGCUGAAAAUUUGAUGGGAAUCAUCAACGCCAGCGCACGGCUAACAGUGCAGUGUAAGUUGCAUUAAUUUCAUUCUUCAAGAUUUCAAGACGUUUUUUUUAUCUCUCUCUAAUACAUUUUCUGACAUGCUGUAGGAGUAUUCUAACGGACACUUACAGCUAGUCCCUUCUUGCCGUUCUUCAGUUACUUUCGCUGACUUUCAUUAUAAGAUACACAACUCUCUAAAACAAUCGGUCAGCAAUGAUCGCAGCGGUGUGAUGCAGUAUUUUGUUUGCAGAAUAAACGUGUUUUCUACUUCUUGCCCAUUCCACCCUUUAUUGAAUUGUCAUCACUUUACCUGAUCGUAACGUAACGUAAAUGAAAUAUAAAGAAAAACAAUAGUAUAAAGCUAUGCCGGUGAAUUUGAUUCAUUAGUCAUGACCUUUUUAAAGGAACUGCGGAGAAGUCUUAAUCAUGAGGAAACAAGUUUACUUUGAUCUUGAGGGUCACUGUAAGUGUUCUCCUAAAAUAAACCAUUUUCCUUAGCAUUGGCUGCAUACGAUUGGUGAACUACAAAAAAAUUAGCCAUUUAGAAGUCUAAUUUUUAAAGAAUGUUCACGUUCGCUUACUGAUAGAGGUGACCGCUGAAUAGGGGUCAAGUUUAAAACAAAUAAAGGGGGCAAAUUUCGAGUAUUUGAUGAGUACUAUUUUUUUGCCGGUGCACGUUGCCGUUGUGCAAAGGUGUCGUAAGAGAAGGUUCGACUAUAUUUGCUAAAAAUUCUACGAUAUUAUAAUAGCAGAGAGUAUUCUGUCACCAGAAUAAAAGCGAUUUAUCUGUUUCUUGCCAGUUGGUCCCCAGAUAUUAUUGUCAUCAAAUCGCCUGAUGGCUGAGCAAAAGCAAAACUUCACCAUCACCUGCACUGCCACUGGUCAGCCUCAACCCAAGAUCACGUGGUCCAAGGUAGGAGGAGAUUUGCCAAAAGGAAGAAGUGAGGUAAUGAAAGACGCUCUGACAAUCUAUCAAGUGACAAGAAACGACGGUGGUAUAUACACGUGUAAAGCAGAUAAUAUCCUGGGAACAGCGACAGAUAUGGCUCAGUUGAUGGUUUUUUCGCCUCUUCGGUUCAAACUUCGACCACCUCAAGAACUGACUCCUAUGGCUGGCUCAACUGUUCGCCUACCUUGUGUAGCCGAGAGUGACCUGAGACUUACCAUAACUUGGACAAAGGAUGGAUCCCUACCUCCGUUUGAAUCAAGAAUUCUUCAAAACAACACUCUAGUUCUAAACAGCAUCAAAAUAUCACAUAAAGGAUCUUACACCUGCAGAGCGAGUAAUCCUUUGUCAACAAUAGAAACCAAAGUAAAAAUCCAUUCUCCAGUUACACUUGCUUCCUGUUCUGAGAUCAGAAAACACGUCAGCAGUGUAAGCGGAAAUUACGACAUUGAUCCAGAUGGCGAGGGGGGUCUGGCACCAUUCACUGUUUAUUGUGAUAUGACAGCUAAAAAUGGAGUUGGGGUGACAGUCAUCAGUCACGACAGUGAAAGCAGAACAUACGUGAAAGGAUAUGAGGCAAAGGGAAGUUACUCGCGUAACAUUCGUUACACAGGAGCGAGUCUUUCUCAGCUGGCAAGUCUCACCAGAGUGUCCUCGAAUUGUGAACAGUUCAUCAAGUAUGAAUGUACAGGUUCCGCUCUCCUUGAAAAUGGCGCCUUUUCUGGCUGGUGGGUGUCACGUGAUUCCGCUAAGAUGACGUACUGGGGAGGAGCAUCUGGUAAUGCUAAGUGCGCAUGCGGGAUGACUAACUCAUGUGCACACGCCAGUUAUGGCUGUAACUGUGAUAACGAAUCCUAUAGAUGGCAGGAGGACAGCGGUCUGCUCACUGACAAGACGACGCUUCCUGUAAAACAACUCAGGUUUGGGGAUACUGGUGACAGCGGAGAACAAGGUUACCACACACUAGGAAAACUAAAGUGCUUUGGAACAGCAUAA